ACGCUGGAACAAUGCAAACUGCUUAUAUCAAUGGAAGAGGCAAUGUUUAAAAGUGAGGUGAAGGCGGACAGCGAGAGGCUGUCGAGGAAGGUUCGAUUCCGUGUUGCGUCCUCACACAGCGGGAGGGUGCUGAAGGAGGUGUACGCCGAUGGGGAGGCUGCCGACUCUCUGGACUCCGAAUAUGCCAGUAGCUCAGAGACUGACCAAACCAGCCGGCUGAGCGAAGUGGACGGGCAGCAGAAUGGACACAUGGGGUCUGAGUGUGAUGAAAAUGAGAACGAGGAGGACGACUUGCUCAUUUUAGUCAGAGCCACUAAAGAGAAAGGAUUUGGUACGAAGCGAGUCAACAUCCUCAGCAAAAAUGGCACAGUCAGGGGAGUCAAACAUAAAGUCAGUGCUGGUCAAGCUCUCUUUGACAAUUUGGCAAAAGUAUUUCAGGUAUCAACAGUCCUUGAGUUUGGCCGCAUAGUAAUUUAUACAACCAGUCUUCGUGUGGUGAGAACUACUUUUGAAAGAUGUGAACUAGUUAGAAAGAUCUUUCAAAAUCAUAGAGUUAAAUUUGAAGAAAAAAACAUUGCUCUGAACAGCGAUUAUGGAAAAGAACUAGAUGAAAGAUGCAGGAAGGUCUGUGAAGUUCCCUCACUCCCUGUUGUGUUUAUCGAUGGCCAUUAUCUUGGGGGUGCUGAGAAAAUUUUACUAAUGAAUGAAUCUGGGGAACUGCAGGAUCUCUUAACCAAAAUUGAGAGAGUCCAGCAUCCUCAUGAGUGCCCCUCUUGUGGGGGCUUUGGUUUCCUGCUGUGUUCAGCAUGCCAUGGGAGCAAGAUGUCUGUGUUUCGGAACUGCUUUACGGACUCAUUCAAAGCCCUCAAGUGUACUGCAUGCAAUGAGAAUGGGCUACAGCGCUGCAGAAGCUGUGCAGGCUAAAGAUGGCAUGUCCACGUGUUCAAACUAAUUUUAUGGUACUGCACCAGUUUGUAAUAUGAUUUUUUUUUAAAUUAAUCUGUUUAUCCAAUUCAGUCAAUAAAAAUCCAUUUGUAGUAUA